AUCAUCCGAGACAUCCAGCUGAUGGGGAUGGUGGCUCUGUUGAUCCUGGUGGACUUUCUGGUUCUCACUGCCUGGAACCUGGCAGACCCUGUUAGGUGUUCCCGAUCUGUCAGCGCUGUUGUAAAGGUGGUGGAGAGAGACAUUUCCUACUCUUUAUCUCAGCUGGACACCUGUUCUUCUUCAUACUCGGAUCUGUGGACCGUCCUCAUUGCUGUUCAGAAGGGUUGUCUUCUCCUCUACGGGACGUUUCUAGCCGGGCUGACCAGCACAGUCAGCCAUCCUCCGGUCAACCAAUCCCCGACCAUCAUAACAGCGGCCACUCUGGUCACCCUCUCGUCGGCUGUGGCCGUUCCUGUCUCCAUCUUCCUGCAGGCUUAUCCUAACCUGGUCUACAGCACUGUGGCUGGAGCCAUUUUCAUCUGCACGCUGGCCACCAACUGCAUGCUGUUUGUCCCUCAGCUGACACAGUGGAGACAGUUUGAGGAGGAUCAGAACAACCCGAGUCAGAUGGCAAAGUAUUUCAGCAGCCCCAGUAAGAGCCAGCCGUCGGUGUACAGCCAAGACGAGAUCUACUACCUGCUGGGGGAGAACACCUCCAUGAAAAAACUACUCAGUGAGAAGAACGCUGUGAUCGACAGUCUGCAGGAACAGGUGAACAACGCCAAGGGUAAACUCCUGCGACUCAUGUCGGCCAGUCAGCCACCCGACGACCAGGACCUGGACUCCUCUGACACCAACCUCAACUCUUCCUCCACUCAGACCACAGAGCUUCAGUCUGACCGGAUCUCUUCCUCAUCUCUACCUCAGAGGGACACCAGAUCCCCACUUCCUCCUCCUCCUCCUCUCACUGCAGCUGUUCCAUUAUCUGACAGAACAACCCCCUCUGCUGCAAAAUCUCCAGACCUCAUCCCUGCCUCCUUUCCUCUCUCUGAGGGUGAAAAUAAGAGAAGUGUCACUACAAGCGGUGCUCCAGGUGGAGGCCCAGCUGAGUCCAGAACACGGGACCCUAAAGAGCCCGCGUCCCUAAAGUCCAGCGGGUUACUCAGAACAGCAGAGGAAACAGUUCAGUUUGUCAUCCUACAAUCCCACAGAGGAUUAAACCCCGCUCAGGUUGAAACUCUCAACAAUAAAAGUGGCCUGACGCUCAAUCUGGGACGACACACCAGACCGGCUGGUUUUGUGAGCAGCGAGCAGUUGCAGGAGAUCCUCCAGGAGCUGAACGUGGACGCCAUUAUAGAAACUGCGCUUCGAUCCCCCGGUCAAAUGUCUUCUCAGCUGAAAUAUUCCGACGCUUCUGCUGCGCUCUCCCCGCUUUCCCUGCGGACUCCACGCUCCCCUCAUCCGCCGCCUCUUCUCUUCCGCUUCCCCAGCGUCUCUCCGUACGCCAUGAGGAAGCGCCGGCCGCCCUUCCGCUCCUCCAGGAGAGGUUUGGCCCCUCGCUGCUUCUACACAGGCUCAGAGGCUGCUGCUGCCGGUGGGAAGAGAAAGGUCAACCCUGGACUUCAAGAUGAUGCAGCCACGGUGGGGGGUAGCCUCAUUCAGGUGGAAGACUCUGACCUGGAGGAAGAGGAAGAGGGGGAGGAAGGAGACGCAGAAGGGAAUGAAGCGAUUAGGAAAUGUCGGAAGUGUGAUUCAAGGUCUCACAGGUUUCACACAGCGUCAUCGUGUGUGGAAGCAGCCGGUGAAAACGGUCAGAACAGGCGCAUCAGAGACUCCUGCGGGUACUGGGACUCCGACUCCAGCAGCUCCACGGACUACUGUUACUACCACCGUCCGUACUGUGACUCGUGCCUGCAGCGAGGCUCGCUCCUGUCCUCUGACUCCUCCUCAGACUCCUCCGACAGCGAGUACGACGGCUACACCGGCCUGUACCGCUCCCCGCACCCCGUGGUGUUCAAAGAAGACCUCAAACCCACCUUUGUAUAAGCACAGGGGACACUGCACUUUACACUUCUCCGAGCUUAGUGCAUCAUUUUACUGAAAAAGAAUUGUGUGUUUUGCGAGCUCUAUGAAAGGAACACAAAUAUUCUUGAAUCUUGCAUCCUAGAACAUAAUUAUUAUUUAAAGGCUUUCUAUGUGAUUUUUCACACUUAAAUGUAGAAAUCAAGUAUCUCCUCUGAAAA